CGGGAUGGACUGCUGUGAUUUAAGAGGCUUCACCAGAGGCUAUUUUAUACACUUUUGCCUAUAAAACUGUUUGGUUUGCCACUUCAGCAGGCAAAGUGUAAUCUUCUCCAAUGCAAGCAAAGGGCGGCCAUUCAUGAGUGGUGUCCACUUAACUUGGAGUGCAGGAAACCCCAUGAUAUCCGUACGUUUAAAAAUAAAGCUCCUUAGCAGUACCGGCUGUUGAGUCUCGUUCUCACUGGUCUCUUUCCACAACUCUCCUCUUCUCUGACAACCAAGCAAGCAUCAUGAGCUCUGGAAAGAAGAAGUCUUUUAUGAUAUGCGACAUUCUCGAUGAUAUUUACACUUCAGACAGUAGCAGGCCGAGUAGCACAGAGCUACAAGUUCAUCCCCACAUAGUUCACAGCAGCAGUGUUAUCUACACUGCCUCUGCUGCUCCUAGCCAUAUUGAAGGAGGGCUAGUCGGUGGAGAAGGAGAUGAAUGCUCCCCAGGGACAGAUAGCGGGCUGGGAGACUGCAAACCAGAGGCAAUCAGACCAGAGAGCCCAACUCAACACGAGCCGGACUCUCCUUCAUCCAGUCAGAGCAGUGAGCAAGGCUCAACUGGUGCUGCAAAGACAAGGAAGAGACGCCCUCGGGGCUUGUUCUCUCACGCUCAGAUAUAUGAGCUGGAGCGUCGGUAUGCACUACAGAAAUACCUCACAGCCCACGAGAGAGAGCAACUGGCCAACAUGCUGAGACUAACGGAAACACAGGUCAAGAUCUGGUUCCAGAACAGACGCUAUAAAAAUAAGAGACAGCAACUGGAAAAUGCGAGAUUAUCUCCAAAGUCUGCUGUUGCUGCUUGCUCAAAGACCUCAGAUCUCUUUCCUUCUGCCAUCCCUCCUCCUCCUCCAUUACACAGCAUUGCUGCUGCUCCUAGUGACAUCAAGCUACCAUCCACAACUCCAGCCUUUCCUGUUAACAGUCCCUUGUCCUUGAACCUUACACACGCACCUCCAUCUGCCCUCCCCAUUGGCGUUGUUGCAACAUCUCUCAUUACCCCAUCUGGUACUCAAUCUCCGUUAUACUCCAUCACCGGCCCUCCCCCAUCUCUGCCUCCUCCCUCUGACUAUAGCUUCAGAUAUCCUUCGGGCCAUCCUCCUCCUAUCAUGAAUAUAAAGUCAACUCCGCCUUCACUGCCUAAGUCAAUGUACUACCCUGCAGUAGCAGCUGCAUAUGGUGGGUCUGUCACUAGUGUAAAUGCUACCAUACCAUCAGGGAGUUAUGUAUCUUCAAUAUGCUCUUGUACAACUAUGCCUUAUCAACCCUUACCAAGAGUUCCUUCACCUGCUACCUCAGUGACGUCAAUUAGAAGUCAGUAUUAGGGCACAAUUUAUUUUCUACUCUCUCUCUCUCUCUC